CGCGCGUGUAUGAGAGAGAGAGAGAGAGAGAGAGAGAGAGAGAGACGGGGGAGCGCGUGAGCAGUGGGGGGACUGAGAAGUAGUUUCGCUCCAGCUUCGGAGGAGGAGCGCUCGCGCGAACUGUCUUAAAAGUGUAAUAAAGCCGCGCACACCGCCGCUCUUCCGUGGGCGAGUGCCGGGUUUACCGGGGCAGCCUCGUUCCUUUUCGAACCCAAGAAGAGAAGGAGGAAGAAGUCAUGGAGGGAGCGGGAGAAAUAGCACGAAGCCAGCGACCAGAGUGAAGCGGCGCCUGGAAGAGCGAGCCCGAAAGAAGAAGCGUCCGGAGAGGAAAGAGGAACAGAAUGGGGAUGGACUUCAGCACCCUGCGGACCCUCAUCAGCAGAUACUGUGCUGGUGAGGAGAACUGGGUGGACAGCAGGACGGUUUACAUUGGACACAAAGAGCCUCCUCCUGGAACCGAGGCCUUCAUACAGCAAAGAUUUCCUGACAACAGAAUAGUGUCUUCCAAGUACACAUUUUGGAACUUCAUCCCCAAAAAUAUGUUCGAGCAGUUCAGAAGAGUGGCCAACUUCUACUUUCUCAUCAUAUUUCUUGUUCAGCUGAUCAUCGACACGCCAACCAGUCCAGUCACCAGUGGACUGCCGCUGUUCUUCGUCAUCACGGUCACAGCCAUUAAACAGGGUUACGAGGACUGGUUGAGGCACAAAGCGGACAAUGCCGUAAACAAGUGUCCUGUCCACGUGGUGCAGCAUGGGAAAGUGAUACGCAAACAAAGUCGUAAGCUCAGGGUUGGAGAUGUUGUCUUUGUGAAAGAAGACGAGACAUUUCCCUGUGACCUCAUCCUCCUCUCCUCGUCUCGAGAUGAUGGAACCUGUUACGUUACUACAGCCAGUCUGGACGGAGAGAGCAGCCAUAAGACAUACUAUGCAGUUCAGGACACAAAAGCCUACAGGACAGAGAAGGAGGUGGACUCAAUCCACGCCACUAUUGAAUGUGAACAACCACAGCCAGACCUAUACAAGUUUGUGGGCCGUAUCAACAUCUACAUGGACAGUGAUCCAGUGGCCAGGCCGUUGGGAUCAGAGAACCUCCUGCUCCGAGGAGCCACGCUCAAGAACACAGAGUAUAUCUACGCGGUGGCCAUCUACACUGGCAUGGAAACCAAGAUGGCACUCAACUACCAGUCCAAGUGCCAGAAACGAUCUGCAGUAGAAAAGUCCAUGAACGCCUACCUUGUGGUCUACCUGUGCAUUCUCAUCAGCAAGGCCAUAAUCAACACAGCACUCAAAUACAUGUGGCAGGCUGACCCCAACAGAGAUGAGCCCUGGUACAACCAGAGGACAGAGUCGGAGAGGCAGCGGCACAUUGUGAUUCGGGCUUUUACAGACUUCUUGGCCUUCAUGGUUCUUUUCAAUUACAUCAUUCCCGUUUCCAUGUACGUCACCGUGGAGAUGCAGAAGUUUCUGGGCUCCUACUUCAUCGUGUGGGAUGAUGAGAUGCUGGACGAGGAGCUCGGCGAGAGAGCCGUGGUCAACACGUCCGACCUCAAUGAGGAGCUGGGACAGGUGGAAUAUGUGUUUACAGACAAGACAGGGACUCUAACAGAGAACAACAUGGAGUUCAUAGAGUGCUGUGUGGACGGACACGUCUACGUGCCAAAUAUUAUUUGUAAUGGACAGGUGAUGACCGGUGCUGGCGGUAUGGACAUGAUCGACUCAUCGCCAGGUCCUGAUGCCAGGGAACGCGAGGAGCUGUUUUUCCGGGCCUUGUGUUUGUGCCACACCGUGCAGGUGAAGGAGGAGGAGACGGUGGACGGAAUAAAGCAAGGCAUCCACCAGGGAAAGUCCACUUCGUUCUACAUCUCCUCAUCUCCAGAUGAGGUGGCGCUGGUGGAAGGCAUGAAGGGACUCGGUUUCACCUACCUGAGACUAAAGGACAGUCACAUGGAGAUCUUGAAUCGAGAGGAUGAGGUUGAGAGGUUUGAGCUCCUUGAGGUCUUGACAUUUGAUUCAGUCAGACGGAGGAUGAGCGUUAUUGUCAGGGACAGCAGAGGGGAGCGCUACCUGUUCUGUAAAGGUGCAGACUCGGCCAUCUUUCCCAGGGUUAUCUCAGGCAAGGUGGAGCAGGUCCGAGCACGAGUGGAGCACAAUGCAGUGGAGGGUCUGAGGACUCUUUGUGUUGCCUAUAGACCACUGAGCCCUGAACAGUACCAGGAGGUGUGUCACCAGCUGAGCGGGGCUAAGUUGGCCCUACAGGACCGAGACAAACGACUGGCAGAGGCCUACGAUCAAAUAGAGAAAGAUCUGAUACUGCUGGGAGCCACCGCUGUGGAGGACAGACUUCAGGAAAAAGCAGCAGACACCAUCGAGUCCCUCCACAAGGCCGGUAUAAAAGUGUGGGUGCUGACUGGAGAUAAGAUGGAGACGGCGGCAGCAACCUGCUACGCUAGCAAGCUGUUUCACCGCAACACGCAGAUCCUGGAGCUGACCACCAAGCGCACAGAGGAGCAGAGCCUGCACGAUGUUCUGUUUGACCUGAGCAGGACUGUCCUGAGGCAGCACGGCACAAUGACAAGGGACAACUUCUCCAGUUUAUCAGGUGACUGUACUGACUUUGGUCUGAUUAUUGAUGGAGCCACCCUCUCCGCGGUAAUGAGGCCCGACCAGGAGGACUCUAACUCAGGGAACUACAAAGAGAUCUUCCUAGAAAUCUGCCGCAACUGCAGCGCUGUGCUGUGCUGUCGCAUGGCUCCCCUCCAGAAAGCACAGAUCGUAAAGUUGAUCAAAGCGUCCAAGGAGCACCCGAUCACGUUGGCAAUCGGAGAUGGAGCCAAUGACGUCAGCAUGAUCCUGGAGGCCCACGUUGGCAUUGGCAUUAUGGGUAAAGAGGGUCGCCAGGCAGUGAGGAACAGCGACUACGCCAUACCCAAGUUCAAACACCUCAAGAAGAUGCUGCUCGUUCAUGGACACUACUACUAUAUACGCAUCUCCGAACUCGUGCAGUACUUUUUCUACAAGAAUGUGUGUUUCAUCUUCCCCCAGUUCCUCUAUCAGUUCUUCUGUGGGUUCUCGCAGCAGCCGCUGUAUGACACAGCCUACCUGACUCUGUACAACAUCAGCUUCACGUCGCUGCCCAUUCUCCUCUACAGCCUCAUAGAGCAGCACAUUAACAUGGACAUCCUGAAGAAGGAUCCUACUCUGUACAGGGAUAUUGCCAAGAACUCGCUGCUGCAGUGGUCAACCUUUAUCUAUUGGACCGUACUGGGUGUUUAUGAUGCCAUUGUGAUGUUCUUCGGCGCUUACUUCCUGUUUGACAACACCACUUUCACUAGCAAUGGACAGCUAAUGACAACCAACACACAGAUGAUGUUUGGAAACUGGACAUUUGGGACGCUGGUCUUCACUGUUCUUGUGUUCACUGUUACACUCAAGUUGGCUCUAGACACUCACUACUGGACAUGGAUCAACCAUUUUGUCAUCUGGGGCUCACUGAUCUUCUUUGUGGUCUUCUCCCUACUGUGGGGUGGAAUCAUUUGGCCCUUCCUCAACUACCAGAGGAUGUACUAUGUGUUCAUGCAGAUGUUGUCCAGUGGUCCAGCCUGGCUCAGUAUAAUCCUUCUAAUAACAGCCAGUCUGCUGCCUGAUGUGGUUAAGAAGGUCAUCUGGAGGGCACUGUGGCCUACGACUACUGAACGCAUACAGAGCGCUGAUAAACUCUACAAGGGCCAGCUCUCGGAGUUCACCCCUCUGGCUUCUCUCCACGCCUCGUCCAAGACCGGCAACUACCGGCGCGGCUCUGGAAACCAGGGGAAUGCUCAGAACCCUCGCAGGUCUGAACCCUUAAACACGAAAGUCAUGUUCACGCGCUGGCAAAGAACGCAGGACUACUGUACCUUCACGCCCCUGCUCCGCUUCACAGACGGCUCGCGCUACCCGAGGCGAGGACACGCCUACAGUGGAGCAGGGCCCGAGACGGCAGUCUGAUUACUUUAAACGGACUCCUCAUUUGGCAUUUGCAGUUAAACGAAACAAAAGUGUUUUCCAGACAAUUAGGCACAGUAAGCGAGAGUCAGAUAAGACAGUGUUGCUGAUCGCAGCUAUGUGUAAUCCAUUCGUAAGGAAAGUGACCUUCACAACUAUUCCCAGGACAGCAGCCAAGUGCAGGACAAGCACAAAGAUCUAUGGCACGGUUCUGAGAGGGACGGUGUUCACAGGGCCUUGCUGGCCGGGCUCAGCGCACCUUUGUCACAACACACAAACAGACUGGCUCACACUGGAAAUGUGCGCACUGGCCCUUUAUGUCAGGCAGCUGAAAUGUACUUUGAGGAUUAGAAUUUUAAAAAGGAUCACCUGGUGUGUUGUAACCUGCAGCUGCUAUUGAUGACGAUGAUGAAGAUGAAGACAUUUACAUUGCUUUAAGACAGCUGGCGCUUUAUCUGACCUUACAUUUCCUUUUGUUUUUGUUUUUUUAAAUUCCUUCCAUCUCUCUGUCUUUCCUGCUUCGUCUCUUUUAGGACUAACUGGUGUUGCCUGUGUGCAAACCUGUUGUCCCGAAACACUCCGUAGGACUCAGAUCCCACAACACUGUAAGGAGGAGUGUAGUAGAACAGCAAAGCUUUAGUGUUGGAAAAGCGAGGGGAGGAGUUUUUUCUGUUUAUAAAAAAAUAUUUAUUCCAUAGUGUGUCUUAAAGAAAAAACGGACCAAGAGAAGCUCCUCUUCCAACACUUGAGCUUUUUAAAGCUACAUGUACUGUAGGUAGAGUUUGGAAUAGAUGUGUGCUGAUAGCUAGCGGUUGCUAGUGUGUUGUAUUUAUCUGUCUUUUAAGCACUUUAUGCACAUUUCUUGUUUUAUAGUGAUGAGAGACUUCCUUUAACAAAGGUAUUGUUCAGUGUUGAUACGAUGCAGGUGUAGUGGCCGCUGUGUGGCGCGUCUGCUGCCUUAAUGUCACAUUAUUAGAUCAAGCACCAAAGACAAAGAUAGACAAAUCAGACCUCAUCUGGGCAACAACUGAUGAAAACGUGAAUCUGAAAAUGUCCUAAACUUCCUGUGGAUCUGAGAGUUGUUGACCUCAGACAGGUUUGAUUUGUUCUAGUUCAUUUUUAGUCAAGCUCACCUCACUCACUUGCACCCGUGUACCGCACAGCAGCUUGAACUGGAUAAACGAAACGUCUGAAUGCAAUGAAAGGAUUCUCUCAAGUGCCCAGAGUGUUGCCUUAAAAAUGCACAUGCAGUAACUAAUAUUUCAUCUAAUAGCAGUUUAUUACUGAAGGAGCAAAUGCAAGACCCACAUGCUGUAAUGAAACCAUGCUUCACACACACAUACACUACUGUUCCCACUCUAUUGUCAGCAUGUCCAGGUCAAAUGGCUCUUUGCUCAGUUCCUGCACCACACGCAACAGGCUGGUUGGUUUCUGGCGGAUCUGUAACAUCUGUACACACCUUACCGCUGUUUGUUGAAGGUGCAAUUACAGGAAGCCUGGUGGCAAAAUGUAGUGGCUAAACCUUCAACUCUGGUCUUUAUGCCUCUGUCUGUCACCCGACGAGAGAUCCAUGCCUGUGCUUUUAAUACUGGGCUUGUUGUCGGUCUCCUAUUAGUUUCAGAGCUAUACAUGCACAAAAGCGAAAUUAGGAUACUAGACGUUCUUCCUCCAUUCAUAGAGGAGCUCCAUUAUGUGCGGGUCAGACUGAUUUAUAGUGUGUAAUAGCUCCGUUCUCGCACUCUUAAAAGCUUUCUGAUGGCGUUACAGGAGUCUAAUGAGAUUCUCUACCUUGAGAGGAGCCUUCACACUACUCUUUAAAAUCUGUCAUUGCACUUUUCAGCACCCUUGUCUGUCUUUCUCGCCGUCUCUCACUUCUGUCUUUUUCUGCUUCAGUGUUGAGGAAGUUUUUCCCGCUGUGACAGCCUCUCCGCCCGUCUGAUCGCACUCAUCGUCCUCUUCUCGUCCUCCAUCUUUCUGUUCGCUAUCUGUUAUGAGACAGUAGAAAAUAUCACUUGUACUGACAAUAUUUCCAAAGAACCAAAGCCUUGUUCCUGCUAGCGAGACUUUUAGCUGCUUUAAAUUACAGUAGGUGCCUUGUGGUAGUUUCUGUGCUUGAGUGUCUUCACUCAUCGUACGAUAAACCUAUUACUCAUAUUAGAUGUUCGGAUGGUACAAAAUAAUGUGUGAGAAUGGAUAAAAGCCGAAUGUAAACAUAAAGCCAGUUACUGUCCAAAAACGUAUUUAGAGCAAAUACAACUCUGGAAUAUUAGACGAAUGCACAAUCACUUGUACCAAAAUUUGAGCUCCAGCCGCUAGAACCGCUUUUUGUUUUGUUUAAUAUUGUCGUGUCAGAUAUACUGUAUCUAUUUAUAUAAAAAACGCAGUCUUGCUAAUUAGUGGUUUUGCUGCGUAUCUAAAUGACCAGCGGCAGCAAAUGUGUCCCCAGAGCAUCAACCAUGAGGCUAAGAGAAUCACUGGUCUUAGCUUUGUGUUUAGGCAAUGCAUUUUCCCUCUGUCAGAAUUAAGAAUCAGCUGUUUGGAAGUCUGUUUUUCUUUGUGCACAUUUGAUGUGAGGCUUUAGAUGUUGCGCGUCUUUUUUUUUUUUCAACCACAA